CGAGACUCCGGACGCCGCCGCACACCGAUCGAAAUGGCUCUCAAAGACAACGAAGUCUGGAAGGCGGUCAAGCCGUUCAUGAACGGCGGCCUCUCCGGCAUGGGCGCGACGUGCGUGAUCCAGCCGCUGGACAUCGUCAAGGUCCGCCUCCAGCUCGGCUCCACCGGCGGUCCGUUCGGCGUCGCCGCGGGCAUCAUCAAGAACGAAGGGUUCGGCGCGCUCUACACCGGCCUCUCCGCGGGGCUCCUGCGUCAGGCGACGUACACGACGGCGCGCCUCGGCAUCCACGCGAAGAUCGUCGACUUCCUGAAGGAACAGAACAAGGGCGCGCCGCUGCCGCUGGCGCAGAAGGCGGGCGCGGGCCUCGCCGCGGGCGGCCUCGGCGCGAUUUUCGGCUCCCCCGCGGAUCUCUCCCUCAUCCGCAUGCAAGCGGACGGCACGCUGCCGGCGGCGGAGCGUCGAAACUACACCGGCGUCGUGCACGCGCUCACGGACAUUGUCAAGAAGGACGGCCCCGCGGGUCUCUUCGUCGGCGCGUCCACGACCGCGGUGCGAGCGAUGGCGCUCAACAUGGGCAUGCUCGCGUCCAACGACCAGGCGAAGGAGAUGUUGGACGCGAACGGCAUAACCGGCUUCCCGAAGACGCUGGGCGCCUCCGCCAUCGCCGGGUUUUUCGCCUCCUUCUUCUCGCUGCCGUUCGAUUACGUCAAGACGCAGCUGCAGAAGCAGAAGCCGCUUCCGGACGGCACGAUGCCGUUCAAGGGGUUCAUGGACUGCUGCGGGAAGACCAUGGCGAGCGGCGGACCGCUGAAGUUUUACACCGGGUUCCCGACGUAUUACGUUCGCAUCGCGCCGCACGCGAUGUUCACGCUCAUCAUCCUCGACCAGAUCAACGCGUUCCAGAAGAGCGUGGGGGCGUGAGAGAUGAUUUCUGCGUGAGACGAUCGAUCGCGAUGAAUGCGAUUCUUUAUCUCCGGCGCGGCGGCGCGCGGGGAGGACGACGGUGCGGUGCGGUACGGUAUGUGUGCGGCGCGUCGGGCGACGCGAGCGCGCGCGGUGUGAUGUGUGAUGAGGAGGGGGUUUAGUCGGCGAGGGACCCAUCGUUUGAUUCAUUUUCUUCGGUUCG